CGUGGAGGGGGGCCGACCGGGCGUGCGUGCCGCCGUUGAUCCGGUGCUGCAGUGAGGAGGUGGUUCUCGCCCGUGUUGUGUGUGUGUGUGAGUGAGUGAGUGAGUGAGCGAGUGAGUGAGUGAGUGAGUGAGUGUGUGUGUGUAAGGGGGGACUCGGCUCGUUGUUGUCGGGGACUUCCCCCUCCCCUUCCCCUUCCCCGCCGCCGCUGCAGUGGCCGCUGCCUGGGCCGUAGGAAAUGAGCGAUAACGAUGACAUCGAGGUGGAGAGCGACGAAGAGCAACCGAGGUUUCAAUCUGCGGCUGACAAACGGGCUCAUCAUAAUGCACUGGAACGAAAACGUAGGGACCACAUCAAAGACAGCUUUCACAGUUUGCGGGACUCGGUCCCAUCACUCCAAGGAGAAAAGGCAUCCCGGGCCCAAAUCCUAGACAAAGCCACAGAAUAUAUCCAGUAUAUGCGAAGGAAAAACCACACACACCAGCAAGAUAUUGACGACCUCAAGCGGCAGAAUGCUCUUCUGGAGCAGCAAGUCCGUGCACUGGAGAAGGCGAGGUCGAGUGCCCAGCUGCAGACCAACUACCCCUCCUCAGACAACAGCCUCUACACCAACGCCAAGGGCAGCACCAUCUCUGCCUUCGACGGGGGCUCAGACUCCAGCUCAGAGUCGGAGCCCGAAGAGCCUCAAAGCAGGAAGAAGCUCCGGAUGGAGGCCAGCUAAGCUCCGCGGGGCAGGCCAGCAAUAAAAACUGUCUGUCUCCUCCGUCGUCUCAUCCUCCUAUCAGUUCAUCUUUAGAACCCUCAGAACCAUUUAAGAGACUUUAUUUUUUUCCUCUUUCUCUCUUUUUUUUUUAAAUUUUAUUUUUACGUAGAAGCUCUUGGACAACAGCUCUCGUUUUCCUUUCCCGUUUCCACAUUUUUAUUUUUUAACCUUUCCCUUCAGGGAUUCCCUGUUCCCACCAGGAAUUUUUAAACCAAAACACCCCAACUUGGCAGCUUUUUUCUGUGGAGGACAGACGGCCGGCCGGACCUCUGAGCACAUGGUGUCCUGACCACCACCAGCUCCUCCUGCCCUGCCGGGCACGUGCCCCGGGGACUCCUGCCCUCCCAGCCCCCCAGGCCUCUCCUCCCAGGCCACCCUCACCUCUGAUAGACUUUGUGAAUCUGUGGACUGCUCUGCUUUCCGAAGAUGACCUGUUCGGAGUAAUCAGAAUGACUCCCCUUCAUUUUAAAGGAUUUUUUUUCCCCUAAAAAAGCUGUUUAUCGCUCCUGUUGAAAGACCAGAUCCUUGAAGAAGUUUGUGGUGUAAAGGAAGUAGGAAGAGAUGAGCAGCGCAGAGUCUAUGGCCCGUUUCACUCCUGCUUCUCUCAGCCAGCCUUAGGGAGGGCCGAGUGACACUCGUGUGUGGUAUGUGUGCGGGACAGGUGGCAGCAGUGAGAGGGAGCCACCAGGGGGUGGUGGUAGGGGGCGGGACAGGGAGGGAGAAUCGGGUGGGGUAGAGGUUUUGUAUUGAGGGCCAGUGAUAAUGUUUUGAUAUUUAUUUCCUGCUACUGAAAUUUGAAUCUGAAUGAAUCGUCCCUAUUUCUGAUGAUGUCGGUAUUGCAAAGCGACAGAUUCAUAAAGUAAUGAUCAAAUUUUCCUUUCUUUCCGUGUGUAUUUCUAAGAAAUAGAGCCAACUGAUUUUGUAUGUAAAUACCAAGAGCAAUUUACCUGGUACUAAACAUCCCAGUGCGGACCCCUCCCUGCCCCCACCCUGCUCCCCGACCCUCCCAGAACCUGCCCGUUGUGUGAUCCAGCCCUGGUCUGGCUGCAGUCAGCAGAUCCCAGGGAAGGGUUUUGUGUGUUUAGGCCUCAUUUCUUUGUCUCUUUCCUACUCCGUUCCCAGCAUUUGCUGAUUUCUAGUGUACUCUGUAGUUUCAGUCUGUGUUUGAUUCCAUUCCAUGGAAAUAAAAAGUAUGUUGUACAUACUGCCGAAGAAUUGUCUUGCAAGUUAAGGCUUCCCCCUUUACUAUAAGACUAUAAAUAAAAACUUAUUUUAUCCUU